GGCUUGCGGCUUGAAGCAACGUUAGCAGUAACCAGCUUAACACACCCCAAUCUUAGACUGAAAUGUCAGCGGUCAAGUUGCAUUGCAGGUAAUGUAGGUGCCAGGUUUUGACAAGGAAACAGAAUGCACGGUAUCAAAAACACAACAUCUCUGCUUCUGCUGCAUCGAUUUUCACUGUCCAUCGUCAGUGCAACAACAUUACAGAAGUGUAACACUAAAUUGGUGGAAUAUGGUUGUCUGAUUUAGACCAGGAUUUGGGAACUGACAAAAGAUAGCCUCUAUUCAUUGCUCAACUAAGGCGAACAGACCCCACAGCCCAGGGUUGUUGUGUACUUACAGAAAUAAAUAUAAAAGGGACGGAUAUAAUACAUAGCUACGGGCAAUUUUUGAGAACUGAAGCCCGCUGGCUCUGCACUCAAGCAUUUCCUGUUUGCUAGACUUUGCAUUUUUACUCUGUACUUCAGAGGGAAAACAUCCUUCUGUUCCACCAAAUUUAACAGCUGUAGGUGUGGUUGUAACUUUACAGAAUUACAUUUAAAUCACACAAACAUAGCCUAAAACAAAACAAAAUGGAGCAUUAAAAGAAACUAACCUGUUAGAGCAUCUACGAUAAAUAAAUAUCCUAUAGGCAAUAUAUUUAAAGUGAGACUUUGUUUUAGUAUAGUAUUGUGUGCAAUGAAAAGGUCAUUUGAAAAAUGAGAUGCAGUAGGCCAUCUUCAACUUUUAAAUUGGCCCUGUCUUGAAUAUCCCUCAUAUAUAAGUGUGAAUAGAUAGAUAAACAGAGAACAGAAUAAAUAUGAAAUCUGCACUGCACUGACCAGAACAGAAGAGUUGAAAGAGCUCAGAGAGGUGGUACUGAGUCUUAGGACCUGCAGCCGUUCCUGGAGACCAGCUGGGACCAGAAAGGGGAGACAGAGGGGAGGGAGGAGGGGGGGGGGCCGGAGGCAGCCGUCAUCAGCAGAGCUCAGAGUGAGUGUCAGCUGGCCCGAGCAGAGCAUGGUGGCAGAGCAGAGCAGCAGGACAGGGUGUUGCUGCUGGACUUUGGCCAGGAAAGUCAGAGGAGCCGAACACUUUGGAUCGUACGUCCGACUCCUCAAGGUUUAGAUAUGUUUGAUAACUCUCACUACCCCUUCAACUGUUUUAACUACGAUGGAGACGGAUACCCUUCCUCUAGCACGGACGAAGAGAAGAAAAUGUGUAGACCCGCGUACAGCUACAUAGCUCUGAUAGCCAUGGCCAUCCAGCAGAGCCCCGAGCAGCGGGUCACUCUGUCGGGCAUCUACGAGUUCAUCAUGAAGAGAUUUCCUUACUACCGCUCCAACCAGAGAGCCUGGCAGAACUCCAUCCGACACAACCUGUCUCUCAACAGCUGCUUCAUCAAGGUUCCACGGACAGAGGGAAAUGAGAAGGGAAAGGGAAACUAUUGGACUUUUGCCACCGGCUGUGAAUCCAUGCUCGACCUGUUUGAAAACGGCAACUUCCGGCGUCGCCGGCGCAGGAGGAACAUGAAAAUCGGCUUCCGUGAUUCGGGAGAAACCCCUUUCCACCACUUGGAGAGCCACAGAAAUCAGCACGCACCUGCAGCUCGGCGCCAUGAACCUGACUCCACCCUCUGCUCUAUAAGCCCAGAGAGGCCGAGGCCGGGCCCCCAGCAAAACCACCGCAUCCCAAACCCCACCCAGCAGGGGAAACCAGAGUCAGAGAUCAAGUUUAGCAUUGACUACAUCCUGUCCACUCCAGAUCCGCCCCUGCUUGGGUCCAGAUCCUCCCACGGCCCUGUUCACAUAGGUCCCACAGGGCCGCCCAUACAUGUUCUGGAGCCCCAACAUCUGAACCUGCACUUCUGGACUCUGUAAGAGGAGAGGAAAGCAGAAAGUGAACUUAUUCCUUCAUUAUCAUCUGUGUCCAAAACUGGGAACUACUGUAAGAAGACAGAAGAAAAACUCCACAAGCGGAAUUUUACUGACUUGAAAAUGUAAAUGAUGAACAAAGUAAAGAGGUACAGUAUUGUGUGAUGCAUUCUAGAUGGAAACUUAAAGAAAGCAUCAUGUUGUCUAAGAAUUCAUCUGAAAGAUAAAAUGUGAACAAUCCAGAACAAUCCAGUAAAGCAUUCAUAUUGUCAUUAUACCGUA